CAGUGGCCCUAAUUCGCCACAACGCGUGGUCUCCAAUCUACGCGGUUUUGUAACAAAUCGCUUAAGUAAUAUAGCACCCAGUGAUACAGGUUGUGGCCACUAAACAAAUGUAACGCAAACUCACACCACUACCACCACCAACACCACCACCACCACCGCCACCACCCGCAAGGACAUCACAAAUGCAAAGAGAAGCCGCCUGAAGCCGCUUUGUGAAGGGAUAUCAAAGAGAGAAAAGGAAGAGCUAAAGCAAAUAUGUGCCUGAAUUAGAAAACAAAACAAAAAGCGAAAACUACACCAGCAAACCACAAAAAAAAGAGAAGAACAAAAAUAAUAAUGGAGCCUGGUGCUGAAACGAUAACAAAGACCAAAACCAAAGGAUAGUACAGGAUACAGAUAAGAAAAACAAAAAGGAAAAAAACUGCAAAUUCCAAAGAAAAUAAUAAAAGGCACAUUUACAAAGAGAAAAAAGUACAAAAGUAACACACGAUAAUUAGCAUUUAAGCCUUUAAACUAAAAACCCCUAGAAAAAAACAAAAACUUUAGUUAAAAACUAUAAAAGCUCUCAAAACUCAAACUCCCCUCUCUGGUAACUUAAGCAAACAAAACAAAAUGGCUUCGUUCACCAUACCUGUCAUAAAUCUCGAAGUGAAGGAGGUCAAGGACAUUGUGUGGGAGAAAAUCCAAGAACCUGUCAAUCAACGACGCCUGGUGCUGGUCAUUGUGUCCAUUGCCCUGCUGUUGGACAACAUGUUGUAUAUGGUGAUAGUGCCUAUAAUUCCCGACUACUUGAGAGAAAUAGGCAGUUUCGAAGUGGAUGAGGUAACACAGCCGCCCAUGCGUGAUAAUCGCACCGGGCUUUUACUGCCGGUACACCAUGACCAUCAUGGUCAGGAUUCGGCCACUGGUAUAUUGUUUGCCUCCAAGGCCAUUGUUCAACUCAUGGUCAAUCCCUUCUCGGGUGGCCUUAUCGACAAAAUCGGCUACGACAUACCCAUGAUGAUUGGCCUCACCAUUAUGUUCUUCUCGACGGCAGUGUUCGCCUGCGGCAGCAGUUACAGCGUUCUGUUCUUUGCUCGGUCUCUACAAGGAGCUGGUUCAGCGUUUGCUGAUACCUCGGGCCUAGCCAUGAUUGCCGAUCGCUUUACCGAGGAGAAUGAGAGAUCUCAGGCGCUAGGUAUCGCCUUGGCAUUCAUCAGCUUUGGCUGUCUGGUAGCGCCUCCCUUCGGAGGAGCCCUCUAUCAAUUUGCCGGCAAGGAGGUGCCCUUUCUGAUAUUGGCUCUAGUGUGUCUCAUAGACGGCCUUAUGCUGCUGCUUGUAAUGAAGCCCAUCAAAGAACAGUUGGCGCAGAGUAGAGAAGUGAAGCAGGAGACCAUACCCAUUUGGCGUCUGCUAAUGGAUCCCUAUAUCGCCGUAUGUGCCGGAGCUUUGACCAUGUCCAAUGUGGCCUUGGCCUUUCUGGAGCCCACCAUUUCGCUGUGGAUGGAGGACAACAUGACCACCGAAAACUGGAAAAUAGGCAUGGUAUGGCUGCCCGCCUUCUUCCCCCAUGUGCUGGGUGUUGUCAUCACGGUGAAAAUGGCCCGCAAAUAUCCCCAACACCAAUGGCUUAUGGCUGCGGGCGGCCUGGCGCUGGAAGGCCUCUCCUGUUUCAUCAUACCCUUCUGCAGCUCCUACAAAAUGCUCAUGAUUCCCAUAUGUGUCAUCUGCUUUGGCAUAGCCCUUAUCGAUACUGCCCUCUUGCCCACGCUGGGCUAUUUGGUGGAUGUGCGCUAUGUCUCGGUGUAUGGAUCCAUCUAUGCCAUUGCCGAUAUUUCCUAUUCAAUAGCCUAUGCGGUGGGUCCCAUCAUAGCCGGUGGCAUAGUGGAGGCCAUAGGCUUUACGGCCCUCAAUUUCCUCAUAGCCUUCUCCAAUUUGCUGUAUGUGCCCAUUUUAAGGAAAUUGCGCAACAUUUAUGACUUCAAGCCUUUCGAAAAUGAGGCCAAUAUUCUGAUGCAGGAUCCCCCCAAUAAGGAGUAUCAAACCUAUGUGAUGCAGGAUCAACAGCCGGUGGAGGGAGACUUCAAAAAUCACCUGGAAUAUGGUCAGCAAUAUCAACAGGGACAACAGGAGACCAAUCUCGAUGAGGGUGGCUAUGAUUAUCAGCAGCAAGGUGGUGGUGGCGGCGGCUAUCAGCAGCAGGGUGGUGGUGGCGGCGGCUAUCAACAGGAUGCUCAAUAUCAACAAUCCUAUCAGCCGGGCUAUCAGGAGCAGGGCGGCAUGUAUCAACAGCAGCCUACAGAUUCCAGACAUCUUCCUCAGCAACGUGUGGCAAAUCCCUUUCAACAGCAACAGGCAGGUGGAGGGGCCGCCUCAGCAGCCGGCGGCGGCUCGGCUCCUGGUGGUCCAGCAAAUCCCUUCAGACAAGGAUUUUAAACUGUUGUCUUAUACAAAAUUAGCGGUAAUCUAUUUCUGUUUCUAUUUUAUUGAUCGUUUAUCAUUGAGAUUUCGUUAGUGCAAGAAAAUGAAGGAAAAGAUAAAACAAAAAAAAAAAAAACCAAAAAUGUUAGUUAGUUCGUUUUUCACCAGUUACGUUGUUCCCUAGUUUUUCAGUUGAAAAUAAAAACGUGUUAAUGUUAAACUAAAUAAAAAGCAAACAAAAAUAAAAGAUAAGUUUAAAUUUAAAACAAAAGUGGUUCUAUUACACUAUAACAUAGUUAAACUCUUUAACAAAACAAAAGAAAAAAACCUCUUAAAUUCAAAAAAAAAUAUCUAUUGUUUCAUAUAUCUAGUUAAUGAAAACCUAUAUGAAUUAUGGUAACAAGAAAGCAAACAACACCACUUUUUUAUAUAAAAAUGUAUUAUACACCACUAAAUGAAAUUUUUAUGAACUUUUUUCCCCCUCCCUCUUCUUUUCCCCUAAACUUCCUUCACUCAAAUAACAACUAAGUUUAGAAUUUUUAAGGAUAACCAAAAACCAUUAUCACAAACAUAUCAUGAAAAUCUAAUUUUAAGGCUUUAGCAAUAAGUACAUAGACUUACAUAUACAUAUAUACAAAAAAAAAAAAACAUAAAAAUAUUACAUAGACAUUUCAUAUUCAUAUAUGUGGUACAUAUAUAACUGUGAGCCUCUAUAUACAUACAUAUAUACACCUAUAGAAUUAUGUGCAUAUUUAUUUAUGUACAUUAUGGAAUGCAAAAAAAAGCUUUCGUGGCACACUAGCAUACAUGCAUAUAUUAAAUUUUAGGUAUUCAAAUAGAAAUUGGAAAUACUCUUAAACUUUUUUUUAUAAACUUAAGGAGAUUAUUUUCUAUAAUUUUUUUUAAUAUUUUUCCGUUUGUUUAUUGACACAUAUAACAUUCAUGGAGUAUAUAUUGUGUGGGGGAGAUUUUUUUAUGGAAACUUAAAAAAAAAUUAAAAACACUUUAAAACAAUCAUUUAAAAAAGAUAUUUUAUUAUGGGCCACCAUGGCGUAUACAUCACAUAAAUUAAUUAUUAACAGUCAUACGCAUGGGUGCACAAAAUGGUAUUAAAAUACCUGGUUUUUGCGAUUUGCACAACAAAA